AUGUAUGUUCACGCAAAUGACCAUUCCUUGUCUCCGAAUGAAGCCUGGUUGUUCGUCUGCUCUUCAGCUCCAUGUCCUGUUGUCACAUCGGUUCAAUCCCCAAUGCCUGCCUCUGCUACAAAUCCACGGAAUCACAGGGCUCAUCCACCGAAAAGGUCGGGCUUAAUGGAUGAUAUUAACUAUUUGCUGGCUGCCGUGUUCACCUACCCAUGCAGUGCACAACACCUAGAGGAUGAGCCGCCAGAAAUUAGACCUACCAGCUUAGGAAGGCAAAGUGACCAGUUAUUCCUCCUGUUGUGUCAUGCGCAUUGUGUUUUUGCUGGCAGAGGCUACACUGCGGGCAUUUUUACACGUAGAUCUCCCCGUGUUAGAGAGAGCAGAGUAAUGAAGAUUGCCUACAAAAUCCAUUACAGUGACCGACAAUUCCCUGCUUUGGUUAAACAAGGAAAAGACUUCACGACUUCCAGCAACAUCACAGACAUUCUAAAUGCAGUAGUGUGCACAAGAAGCUCCUCCAAAUGGUCUAAAUGCGAAACAUAUUUAAAAGUGGACGUGAAGAUGCACGCUUCAACUGAUGACUGGCAUACAGCCGUGCUGGAGCAUAAAUUUCAUUGCAAGGUACUCGACGAAUAUUCUAGGCUGAAGCGCUUUUUCAUAGCCCCAGGAGGAGACAUUUCGUCGGCCUCCCUUCCUGGGGGGCCCCUUGUCGUUCGUUUUGCCCCGAGUCCAACCGGACUUCUCCACGUGGGGGGUGCCCGUACGGCUCUCCUCAACUUUGCCUUUUUGAAGGAGCACCAACGACAUUUGGGAUCCCCAAGCGGCUCCUCAGAUGUUUGCAGGGCUGCAGGAGGUGGACGUUCGCGCCUAAUCUUGCGAAUUGAAGACACAGAUGAAGCCAGAAGUAAUAUCGACACCGAGAGGGCCUUGAUUGAAGACCUCAAGUGGCUGGGCGUUUCAUGGGAUGAAGGACCCGACGUUGGAGGCCCCCGAGGCCCCUACCGCCAGUCUGAGAGGCUCAAGAUUUACUGGCAGCAUGGCCAGGAGUUGCUACGGCAAGGCUUGCUCUACAGAUGCUUCUGCAGCAAAGCGCGGCUGCUGCAGCUACGACAACAGUGUGUUCAACAGGGCCUGCCACCCCGGUACGAUGGGCAGUGCCGCUCUUUGGAUCCCACAAAAGCCGAGCAGCUCGCAGCAGAAGGCAAAACCUUUGCGCUCAGAUUCAAGAUUCCGACGGAGCCAGACGAGAUUCGCUUCACGGAUAUCCUUAGGGGGACCCUUUCCUUCUCCCUGAAAAGAACGCUGGGCGACUUCGUCUGUUUUAGACCAACGCUCUCUGAAGGAACUGGAGGCCCCCGGAGCGAGGUGCCCUUGGAGGGGGGCCUCCUAGGAGUUCCCGUAUACAACUUUUGCGCCGCCGUGGACGACUGGCUAAUGGGAGUCACUGCUGUGGUGCGAGGAGAAGAGCAUAUCCCAAAUACCAUCGCGCAGAUGCUUGUGGGAAGGGCGCUUGGAGCUCCGCUGCCGCGCAUAUGCCAUUUGCCAGUGAUGAUCGCAAAAGAAGGCGGCAAAAUAAGCAAACGAGCACAAUCCGGUAGCGCAGGGACCGUGGCGUGUGGCAGCAGCACCGACCGCAAGACCAGCCGCAGCGGCGGCAGUAGCAGUACCAGCGUUAAUGACUACACAGUCAGGGGCCUAAGGAUGCGAGGGUUUCAUCAUGAGGCGGUAGCUGAAUACCUCAGGGGCCAUCACAUUGGCGAGUUGAAUCAGAAAGGGUGCGCGGAGAGGGCUGAGCUUUCACUCUUUGCCGUGUUUGUUUUGACUCUGGGCAGGGAUGCAUCUGUACUUUUGGCUGUGCUUGAAAGGCCGCCUAAGCCCCUAUUGAGUCUCUUGGGUCGCAGCGCCUUUUGCUUUGAUGAGGAGCAUCUGCGAUUUGCGCACAGAAGAAAACUCCUACAGCUAGUGGCUUGCCCCAAUGCGGAGCCCCUCGUUGGUUUCUUUUUGAAAGUCGUUGCCCAGGCACCUGGCGUCUGCAAGGAUGCUACACACUUUUGCCAAAACCCAGCCGCAGCACCCACAGCAACGAGAGGCGAUUACGUGGAGGCGCUGUCCGCGUCCCUGCAUGUCACGGAGCCCUCUUUGUUUGCAUUUCUCUCACUGGCUGCCAGGAGGUUGCUGCUUCAGCAUACAACGCCGUCUGCCGUGUUGAGGGAAUUCUCCCUUUCCUUGAGCACUCGCCUGCCCAUGCAGGUUUUAGGUGCCUCGGGAGCUGCUGCUGGGGCCACUAGAUUUUCUUGCCCGUCCAUUUGGCAGCAUUCGGAGUCUGGCGAGGAACGGCAGUUUCGCGCUGUUGCGGCCGCAGUGGUCGAGUCAGGCGAUUUGUUUGUUGCCUUGUCCCGUGCAGCGGAAGGCACUCAGGAAGCUGAAAAACAGAGAGGAGCGGCUACUUCCAAAGGACAGGAUGAGAUCAGAAAAGGAUUCCCAGAAGGGGAGGUGCUGCAGCGCUUUGAAAAUUGGAAAGACCAUUUGAGCAGAAAACUGAACCUGGAUAAGGCGGGUAUAAUGAAAUGCAUCAGACGCGCCCUCACAGGACAAGAGACGGGUCUGCCUCUUUUACAGCUGCUCGAGUUGCUGCGAGCUGCAGAGGCCGCAGGUCUCUCUCCGUUUGGCAGUCGCCAUGCUUUUUCCUCUCUAGUAGCACCCCAAACAAAGCAAGUUGAGGCGAGUACAGACGGAGAUAUGCACAUUGUCGUAGCCAGAGAAGUCGACGUAAGAAGAAGUAUACAGGAAUACAAAGCAAGAGCUGAUUUGCGAACAACACAAGCAGACCUAUCUGCGUAUUCUUUGAACUGCACGCAAAGAUUUAAAAUGCCCCCUCUGCUCCCUUCUGCUUAA